AUGCGGUACAGUUCAUAUACACCGUUCAAUACGCCUAGAGCGGCAAUUUAUUCGGUGAAUCAGAACAUAGAAGGAUGGACAAGGCCAAUUCUGAUGAAGGCAAGGCCGAGGGAUGUCAAAAAGUAUUGCAUGUUUCAUAGAGACGUGGGUCAUUAUACCGAGGAGUGCACACAAUUGAAAGAUAAUAUUGAGGAGUUGAUAAGAAAGGGGCAUUUAGCUCAAUAUCGGAAAAAUACAGGAGGAGGUCAGCCGCUCACUCGGCAGAUUGAAAGGCAACAAUUAGAAGCAAGGCUAGAAAGACCACAAGGUGGGAUAAUUCGGCAAGGGGACGGAGGAAUGCCACCGUUAUCCACAGGAAGAUUAGAUGUGAUAACGGGAGGGCCAGUGCAGAGGGGAACGAUCAGUGGCGCUAAAAAGCACUUAUCUGAGCAUCGUCAUUUAGUGUAUGCCUUGGAUGUUGAUAGCCGACCUCGGCCAGCAUCGAUUCCUGACGUGGUGUUUACAGAGGAGGAUGCAAGGGAAAUUGUCUUCCCACAUGAUGACCCGUUGGUUCUAAUAACAAAGAUAAAUGGGGCCGACAUCAAGAGAGUUCUGGUUGAUGGGGACAGCUCAGCGAAUGUUCUGUUUAUGAAAGCUUUCAAUGAAAUGAAGAGAGGAAGGCAAUAUUUGACACCGGUGUCUUAUCCGGUUAUUGGGUUCAAUGGGUCAACGGUGAGGCUAGAAGGAAGUAUAGUGCUACUAGUUAGACUGGGUGAUGGGCUGAAAGCGAGAGAUAUGAUGGUAGAGUUCCUGGUAGUUGAUGUGCCGUCAACUUACAAUGCAAUUAUCGGCAGACCGAUAAUUCAUGAUGUGCAGGCAGUAGUGUCAACUUAUCAUCUCACGAUAGCUUAUGUGUCAAAUUUGGGAGCUGUUGAAAAGGUACAUGGGGGCCAGAUAAUGGCAAAGUCUUGUUAUGUAACGGCUUUGAAGAAUCCAGUUGCGAACGGUCCAAUACCGAAUAAUUCAAGGAAGGAAAAAUAA